UUAUUCACAGAAGAAAGCAGGUAGUAUACUGUUACAAUACUACAGUAGAAAGUCAGAAGGUCACCGAGCUAGCAAGGUAACUGACACAACUUGAAACUGUUUGGCCCCCUUUAAAAAGAAAUUAUAAAAUGGGAGAAAAUGAAGCAAGUUUACCUAACACAUCCUUGCAAGGUAAAAAGAUGGCCUAUCAGAAAGUUAGUGCAGAUCAAAAAGCUCCGGGACAUUCCCAGUACUUAGACAACGAUGAUCUUCAAGCCACUGCCCUUGACUUAGAGUGGGACAUGGAAAAGGAACUGGAGGAGCCUGGUUUUGACCAGUUCCAACUAGACAGUGCUGAGAGUCAGAACCUGGAGAACUCAGAGACUGCGGACCUCAACCUUGAUUCCAUUCAACCAGCGACGUCACCCAAAGGCAGGUUUCAGCGACUUCAAGAGGAAUCUGACUUUGCCCCCCGCUACGCGAGAUCUGCACCCAGGAGCAACCACUGCAGCUUUUGCCGCCUUUUAAAAAUACUUUGUACAGCCACCAUUUUAUUUAUUUUUGGAAUUUUGAUAGGCUAUUAUGCACAUAAAAAUUGCCCUUCAAAUGCUACACCUUCAGGAACACUUGAUCACCAGUUAUACCAAGAGAUUCUCGAGACAAUCCAAGCAGAAGAUAUUAAGAAGACUUUCAGACAUUUGGUACAGCUGUACAAAGGUGAAGAUGACACCGAGAUUUCCAAGACGAUUAGGACUCAGUGGACCUCGCUGGGCCUAGAAGAUGUACAGUUUGUAAAUUACUCCGUGCUGCUUGACCUGCCGGGCGCUUCUCCCAGCUCUGUGACUCUGAGCAGCAGCGGCCAAUGCUUUCAUCCCAAUGGCCAGCCUUGCAGUGAAGACGCCAGGACUCGCAGCCGCCAAGACCUGCUCUACGCAUACGCGGCCUAUUCUGCCAAAGGAACUCUCGAGGCUGAAGUCAUUGAUGUGAGUUAUGGAACUGCAGAUGACUUAAAGAGGAUUAAAACUAUGAAAAACAUAACAAACCAGAUUGCACUCCUGAAAUUAGGAAAAUUGCCACUACUUUAUAAGCUUUCCUUACUGGAAAAGGCUGGAUUUGGAGGUGUCCUUCUAUAUAUUGAUCCUUGUGAUUUACCAAAGACUGCAAAUCUUGGCUAUGAUACCUUCAUGGUGUCGCUGAAUCCAGGAGGAGACCCUUCUACGCCUGGUUAUCCAAGUGUCGAUGGGAGCUUCAGGCAAAACCGAUCAAACCUCACCUCUCUGCUGGUACAGCCGAUCUCAGCCGCGCUCGCUGCAAAACUCACCUCUUCGUCCAGAGAGGGGACCAAAAACGGAGUCUGUAGCCCUCUAGAACUCCCACUUACCGAAGAAAGGAUUGUCAACAUGCAAGUCCAGACAGUCACAACAUUCAAAACGGUUACUAACGUUGUUGGCUAUUUAAAGGGCUUGACUUCUCCAGACCGGUAUGUGGUCGUUGGCAGCCGCCAUCACACUGCGUCCGGUUACAGUGGACAGGAAUGGGCCAGUAGCACUGCCGUCAUCACAGCUUUCAUCCAGGCCUUGAUGCUAAGAGCGAAGAGAGGGUGGAGACCAGACCGAAGUAUUGUUUUCUGUUCCUGGGGAGGAACAGUGUUUGGCAAUAUUGGCUCAUAUGAAUGGGGAGAGGAUUCCAAGAAGGUUCUGCAGAGAAAUGUUGUAGCUUAUGUUAGUCUCCAUAGUCCCAUAAGGGGUAACUCAAGUCUAUAUUCUGUAGCUUCACCAUCUCUUCAGCAACUGGUAGCAGAGAAAAAUAAUCUCAACUGUUCCAGAAGAGCUCAGUGCCCAGAAACCAAUGUCAGUUCGGUGCAGAUACAAGGUGAUGCGAAUUACUUCGUCAACCAGCUUGGCGUUCCCACUGUGCAGUUCGCCUAUGAGGACAUCAAGGCAUUACAGGGUCCAAGUUUUCUCUCGGAGGCCGUUUUCCCUAAAGGUGCAACAGAAAUUGAAGAAACAGAUCCUGUUUUCAAAUUUCAUGAGACCAUCGCCAAGCUCUCAGGAGAAGUGAUUUUACAAAUUGCCAACGAACCAGUUCUGCCUUUUAAUGCUCUUGAUAUAGCUUUAGAAGUUCAAAACAGCCUUAAAAGUGAUCCACCCAGCACUCCCCGCCUGCUAGCCCUGGCCUCCCAGCUGAGAGAAAGCGCUGAGCUCCUUCAGUCAGACGCCAUGCGUCCUGCCAACGACCCCAGGGAGCGCGCCCCGGCCCGUGUCCGGAUGCUGAACGACAUCCUCCAGGACCUGGAGAAGAGCUUCCUGGUCCCGCACGCGCCGCCGGGCUUUUACAGAAACAUCCUGUACCACCUUGACGAGAAGACGAGCCAGUUUUCAAUACUCCUGGAGGCCUGGGAGAGCUGCAAGUCACUUGCUUCCAAUGAGACCUUUCAGGAAGCCCUGUCCAAGGUGCUGCACAGCAUUCAUUCAGCUCAGGUUCACUUCCAAGCAGGACUUGAUGUGUUCGACAGUGUCUCGAAUGGAAAGAACUGA